AUGGAUACCAUGCGCUCCACGCGUGGGGCGACUGAGGCUGCGGAGGGUCUGGCACGUCAUGAAGUUUAUGUCGUUGCGUUUGUGGCGGAAGAGGGCGUGAAGCGUCGUGAGUUGGGGCCAGCGGCGGAGGAGCUUUGGGGGGAGUUGGCGUUGGAGGACGUGGACGCAAGGGCUCGCGUUCUUCAGCGUCGGGCGGAUUCCGUUGUUGCUGAUGAAAACGCGGUUCGCGACAAUAUCCGUAUCCAGGAGAUCAGGAACCGUACUCCUUUACUGGAUGCGUUCUGUGUGGAUGGGUGGAAGAUUUCGUGUGCUGCUCUUAUGCAACAGGAGGCGGCAGACAGGCAGCUUCUCACGGCGGACGAGUACUUGAGUCGUGAAGGCAUAUGGUUCGAAGAUAUACACGAUUAUUACCGUUGCCGUGCGGCAGAACUGGCGCGGGUGGAAGCCAAUGCUCGCAAAGGUGUUGUUCUCCACGAGGCCGUUGCCCGUCGUCAACUGCACGCUGCGGCGGUGGAUCUGAGGGAGCAUUUACUGGCAGAAGCGAACGCCAAGGCACGCGCCGCGUUAUCUGCGAUGGAGGCUGUGGAACGAAGACGCGUGAUCGCCGGGGAGGCCGCUUCGCGCGACGAUUUGCGUACCGCGGCACGUCUUUCGUCUCUCAGGGUUCAGUUGCUGCUGGUGCCACGCAAGGAAGCGCAGCUGCGGGCUUCGCUCAUGGACAUGAGGGAAUCCGAAAUGGCACAGUUCGUUGCGGCAAGCCGCGCGGAUAUGCAGCGGGCAGCGCGGGCGAGUGUGGAGAGAAGAGAGACAGCGCGGCGCCGCGCUCUUGCGACGGCCGAAGCAACGACCUCCAACCGCCUCUCCGAGAGUGGCCUAGCAGAUCGUCACAUUGCGGAGGUGACCGUCGCCUACCGUACGAACGAACAACAGAGUAUCGGUGCCGCGCUCCCUCCGGCGGUGCUGCGUCGGCUUCAGUGUCUGCUGGAGGAAGAAGAGGAUGAGCGGGAGUUGGUGCUGUUGGAUGAGGUACGCGUCCGCCGCAAGCGGUUGCCUUCGACGGCGACGUCCAUCUGCGGCUCUCAAGGCGAUGUGGAGUCGGUGCAUGCGUCGGGCCUGCCACCGGAUAUUCGCCCACGUGUGACGCGAGACCGUAAUCGCGGUAACGUCUCGAACGACGCUCUUCAGCGCUGGGUGCGCUUUAAUCGGUAA